AUGGUAGCUGGCAGGAGCCAGGAGGGAGGUGCGCACGGGCGACAGGCCACGGGCUGUAGCGCGUGCUCGCAGAUCGGGCGACGGGUGCUGCCGGUACCGCAGCAAGAUAAGCAGAGAAGGCGCAAUGGAUCGAGAGGAGGGAGAGGGAGGAGGGAAGGAGGGAAGGGGGGAAGGGAAACGAAGGGAAGAGGAGCGCGCAGCCGAGGGCAGAAGAGCAGAGGGAGGGGGAGGGAGGGAAGAAGACGAAGGAGGACAGACGAGAGGCCGACCGAGGUCGAGGAGCGACGAGGCGGCGAUCACGAACUGAAGGGAUCGAGAUUGGGUGCGGAAUGGAGCGAGCGCGGAGGGGCUUGUUUGUCGAGCCUUGUCGGAGCGGGGGGGGCGCGGAUGUGGGGACGGAGGGCGCGGGGCUCCGCGAUGGGCGUUGACGGUAUGGGCGACGGAGAAGGGCAUGGACCGCGCAGCGCCUGGAAGGAGUGA